AGACAAGGAAUCAUGACACAGCGAGUAUCACCAGUACGGAGGUGGACGAGAGGCCGAAGUGGUCGAACGGAGUCGAAUUUUUGAUGUCCUGCAUAGCCAUGUCAGUAGGUUUGGGAAAUAUUUGGCGAUUUCCAUUUACUGCGUACGAAAAUGGUGGGGGAGCUUUUCUCAUACCAUACAUUAUCGUAUUAUUUGUUAUUGGAAAACCUGUGUAUUAUUUGGAAAUGACAUUGGGGCAAUUUACUAGUAAAAGUUCAGUGAAGAUUUGGGCUUUAUGUCCAAUUUUAAAAGGCAUAGGCAUUGGUCAAAUAAUAUCAACCUGCUGUGUAGUUUCCUACUACUGUUGCCUGAUGGCUCUGACUUUGUUCUAUUUAUAUUCGUCGUUUGCCUCCGACUUGCCCUGGUCCUAUUGCAAGCCGGAGUGGGAGGAAACCAUCAACAAAAUUUGUGUUGAUUCAGCUCCUAGCAGCAAUUCAACGACUUCGACGCUGCAAGGAAAUCUAACGAGAGGAAUUAGUAGUUCAGAGCUAUUUUUUGUGAAAGAAGUCCUCAAGGAAAACAAGCUAAUUUCUAGUAGCUUAGGUUUACCAGAUGUUAAUUUGACGAUUUGUCUCUUUGUUGCAUGGUUAGUGGUGUUCCUGGUAUUGGUCAAAGGCGUGAGCAGUUCCGGAAAAGUCUCAUAUUUCCUGGCAAUUUUUCCAUAUGUUGUUAUGAUUGCCUUGCUGAUACGUGCAGCAACUUUAGAAGGAGCAGGAAAAGGAAUUUUGUUCUUCAUAGAACCACAAUGGGGAGAACUUCUAAAUCCUAAGGUUUGGCACGCUGCUGUGACCCAAGCUUGUUUUUCGUUGUCUCUUUGCAAUGGUGCUAUUAUAAUGUUUUCGUCAUAUAACAAAUUUGAUAACAACGUCUACAGAGACGUGUUAAUUGUUACAACAUUAGACACAUUCACAAGCUUAUUGGCCGGAACAACUAUAUUUGGAAUUUUGGGCAAUUUAGCUCACAAUUUGAAUAUUGAUGACAUAGGUCAGGUAAUACAGAGUGGAACAGGUUUAGCGUUUAUUUCUUAUCCUGAUGCUAUAUCCAAGUUUGAUAUGGUGCCACAGGUAUUUUCUGUCUUAUUUUUCUUCAUGUUAUUUGUUCUCGGGGUUGGAUCAGCGGUAGCCCUACAUGGAGCUAUUAUUACGGUGAUAUCGGAUCAAUUUGGAAUUCGCUAUUGGAAAGUUGCUCUUGCAGCCAGCACAGUCGGCUUUUUGAUUGGAUUGGUUUAUGUGACACCCGAAGGACAAUGGCUGUUGAAUUUAGUAGACUACUUCGGUGCAACGUUUUUGAUAUUCGCUCUGGCCAUUAUACAGAAUAUUGGAGUUUUUUGGAUUUAUGGUCUCGAAAAUUAUUGCCUCGAUGUUGAAUUCAUGGUCGGUGUCCGUGUGGGUCCAUAUUGGCGCAUCUGCUGGGGCUUUGUUACCCCAGUGUUGAUGACCAUUAUAUUUAUUUAUUCACUAGCAGUAAUGAAACCACUCAAAUAUAGUGAACUCUUUUAUCCUGAUUCCUAUUAUGCUGCUGGAUGGACAAUGUUAGCAGUUGGUAUACUUCAAGUACCACUUUGGGCAAUUUGGAUAUAUUUGAAAAAUAGAAAACAUUCCAUUAAUGAUACAUUGAAAAACGUGUUCACUCCCAAUGAGAAAUGGGGACCAAAGAGUAACAAGAUUCGGAAAGAAUGGAUCAAAUUUAAAACAAGCGCUAAGGAAAGGCGAGAAGCCAUGAACCUUAAUUUGUUUCAACAUGUGAUGUAUAGUUUUCUAGGAAAGUAUAAAUACAAUGAUUAAUGCAUAAUUAAUAUCAAUUAUUGGCAUAAAAUAAAUUAAUUAAAUCAUUAACAAAAAUGGAAUUCAAAUAGACAUAUAUACAAUGAUAAUUCCAUCUUUGUGAUUUUGCUAGAAUAUUCAAUUCAGUGCCAAUUCAGUACUACGUCCAAUUUCUUGUGAUAGACUUAGUUGAGUUGAAACGUAUAUUAUACAAAUUUAAAUCAGGAUUGUAUGUGGUUAGUAUUUGAGAAUAUAAAUUUGGUGUUUUUAACAGCCAUGGUGUAUUAUAGAUAAAAUAAUAUUAUAUUAUGGUGUGCUUUAUAUAUUAUCGUGUAAAUGAGUAGUAAAUUCUUACAAUAAUUUAUUAUACAACUGAUAUAGCUUUAAUUGUAAACCAGUAUACAAAUUAGUUUGAACAAGAUUUAUUAUGUAGUUUAUAAAUAUUUAAC